AUGUCAAAGGGAAAGAUUUUGCUAGUUCUUUACGAAGGCGGUAAGCAUGCUGAAGAGCAAGAAAAAUUAUUGGGAUGUAUUGAAAAUGAACUUGGUAUCAGAGAGUUCAUUGAAGAACAGGGAUACGAGCUGAUUACUACCACUGACAAGGACCCUGAGCCAAAUUCGACCGUGGACAGGGAAUUGAAAGAUGCAGAAAUUGUCAUUACUACGCCCUUUUUCCCAGCCUACAUCUCGAGAAACAGGAUUGCUGAGGCACCUAACCUGAAGCUUUGCAUCACUGCUGGCGUCGGUUCUGACCAUGUUGAUUUAGAGGCUGCAAAUGAAAGGAAGAUUACGGUCACCGAAGUUACUGGCUCCAACGUCGUUUCUGUUGCGGAGCACGUUAUGGCCACAAUUUUGGUUUUGAUAAGAAACUAUAAUGGUGGCCACCAACAGGCAAUUAAUGGUGAGUGGGAUAUCGCCGGUGUAGCUAAGAAUGAGUAUGAUCUCGAAGACAAGGUAAUCUCAACUGUGGGUGCCGGUAGAAUUGGAUAUAGGGUUUUGGAAAGAUUGGUUGCAUUUAAUCCUAAGAAGCUACUGUACUACGACUAUCAGGAACUACCUGCCGAAGCAAUCAAUAGAUUGAACGAGGCUAGUAAGCUUUUCAACGGCAAAGGUGACAUUGUUCAGAGAGUAGAGAAAUUAGAAGAUAUGGUUGCUCAGUCGGAUGUUGUUACCAUCAACUGUCCAUUGCACAAGGAUUCAAAAGGUUUAUUCAAUAAAGAGCUUAUUUCCCACAUGAAAGACGGUGCAUACUUGGUAAAUACCGCUAGAGGUGCUAUUUGUGUCGCUGAAGAUGUUGCGGAGGCGGUCAAGUCUGGCAAAUUGGCUGGCUACGGUGGUGAUGUCUGGGAUAAGCAACCAGCACCAAAGGACCAUCCUUGGAGGACCAUGGACAACAAAGACCACGUGGGAAACGCAAUGACUGUUCAUAUUAGUGGUACGUCUCUGGAUGCCCAAAAGAGGUAUGCUCAAGGAGUGAAGAACAUCUUAAAUAGUUACUUCUCCAAGAACUUUGAUUACCGUCCACAGGAUGUUAUUGUGCAGAAUGGUUUGUAUGCCACCAGAGCUUAUGGUCAGAAGAAAUAA